UCACUUCCUCAAUUUUUGUCUCUUUACAGCGCGGGUACAGGCUGAUUUGUUUGUGUGACUGUAGCUGUUUUGGGGGGAAACGAAAGUAAUUUCAGGCCGAGCACAUUUGAGAUUUGUGGCCGACAUGGCAGUUUUAUGGAACGGAGCCGGAGGAGUUGGGUGCGCUCGGAGAGGACAGCCGGCGGCGGCGCUGACUGCUCUCAGUCUGCUCUCCGCUCUGCUCACCUGCACCGUCAGGUGUACGCCGAGCGACAAACCAAGCAACGUGCUGCUGAUUCUCACUGACGACCAGGACGUUCAGCUCGGAGGCCUGACCCCGAUGAAGAAAACCAAAGCUUUAAUUGGGGAUGCAGGAGCAACAUUUGUCAAUGCUUUCACGGUGACACCGCUGUGCUGUCCCAGUCGGAGCAGCAUCUUUACCGGUCAGUACCCCCACAACCACGGAGUGACAAACAACUCCCUGUCUGGGAACUGCUCCAGCUCUUUGUGGCAGAAAGGACCGGAGUCUCAGGCCUUCCCCAUCUACCUCAACAAACAGAAGUACCAGACAUUCUUCGCUGGGAAGUAUCUUAACCAGUAUGGUGUGAAGGAUGCAGGUGGUGUCGGUCAUGUUCCAGCUGGGUGGGAUCAGUGGAAUGCUCUGGUGGGAAACUCUCAGUACUACAACUACACACUGUCAGUCAACGGUCAAGAAGAGCAGCAUGGAGACAUUUAUGAAAAAGACUACCUCACAGACAUCAUUCUGAACAGGUCCCUUCACUUUUUGGACGACAGAAGCCCGCAACAUCCCUUCUUUCUCAUGCUGGCUCCUCCAGCUCCACACUCUCCGUGGACAGCAGCGCCUCAGUACAAGAAAGAGUUCAUUCACAUUCAAGCCCCUCGAGACGGCAGCUUCAACAAACCGGGACAGGACAAACACUGGUUGCUGCGACAGGCUCCUAACCCCAUGACAAACAGCUCACUGCUCUUCCUGGAUGAUGCCUAUAGGAAAAGGUGGCAGACUCUCUUGUCAGUGGACGACAUGGUGGAGACGCUGGUGAAGAAGCUUGGUAACAUCAAAGAGCUUGAUAAUACCUACAUCUUCUACACUUCUGACAACGGCUACCACACAGGACAGUUCUCUCUGCCAAUUGAUAAGCGACAGCUGUACGAGUUUGACAUCAGGGUCCCCCUGAUGGUCCGAGGACCUGGAAUUAAACCAAACCAGACGCUGCAGGCUCCAGUGUUGAAUAUCGACCUGGCUGCCACCAUCCUGGAUAUUUCUGGCAUCAACCUUUCGACUGUCAAUAUGGAUGGCCAGUCUUUCCUUUCUCAGAUGGCUCCUUCACUUUGCAAUGGGACUACACGUUCAUUUUUCCUCGUGGAGCACGCAGGAGAGGGACACCCAACAACAGACCCAUCUUGCCCAAAGCUGGGCCCUGGAUUAGCGGAAUGUUUCCCAGACUGUGUUUGUGAGGAUGCCUACAACAACACCUACGCCUGUGUCAGGACUCUGGAUAAAGCUCAGAACCUGCAGUACUGCGAGUUUGGGGGCGCUGAGCCAUUUGUAGAAAUGUAUAACCUGACUUCAGAUCCACAGCAGCUGCAGAACAUAGUGAAGCAGGUGGAUCCAACCAUCCUGCAGAAGAUGAACCAGCAGCUCAUAAAGCUUCAGUCUUGUGUGGGCGACAGCUGCCGUGACAUCAAAUGACAUCACUGCCAGGGAACAGCACCCAGCGCUGACUCCUGGAAGUUAAAUGUGAUGUGAGCACAGAUCCUCUACGGUGCUCUAAAUAUUUUGCCAAUCACAAAAAAUAUCAAAAGGUCCACUUACUGUGCCUGAGCUUUAACUUGCUCACAUCUCUUUAAAAUGUUCCUGAUUAUCCCACCUGUGCUGUCAAGUAUUAAUGCUGACUCCUAAAAAGCCUUUUUAAACUCUAAGACACAACUGGUGUCUCAGAUCUUUAAGGGAAAUCUCAGUUUGUUUAGUUUAAUUUCUGUAACUUGUAUUUGCACUGACAACACUGUUGUGCCUUUGAAUAUGAAUGUAUUUACACUGUGAAACUGAUCAAUAAAUCAAGCAUUCAUGUCA